UCACUGAUUCAAGUCAUGAGCAGAAGAUGGCCAUCAAUUCUUUCAGUCUUUUCUUGCAUCAAGUUGAAAAGGCAUCUUCAAAUCUGAAACUCAAAGCGCUACAGAUCGUGUUUGAUCUCUUGACCAUGUACGAGCGGGAUUUCCUUAUGGCACCUGGAAAUGAAGAACAAAAUACCCUGGACCAGGUCACAGAUUUCCUGCUCAAUGUCCUCGGAAACGCAGACGGCGAUUCUAUCCAAGCUACUGCGGCUCUAGGCUUAUCAAAGCUCAUGAUAACGGGCGUUCUGCAGCAGGAUCGGACUCUAGGGAACCAACAACUCCGGCAAUGCCUCUCUAUAGCACUUCCCAUCUAUGCAUAUUCAACCUCCUCCAAUCAACAACGCCUGCAAAGAGUUAUCAUCCCUUCUAUACAAAUCCUGGAUGAAGUAUAUCAUGAACUGGAAGGGGAACAGGAAAUGAUCACACCACUUCAGAUCCUAGGGACGCUGGUCGAUUGGACCGAUGCGAGGAAGCUAACGACACGCAGUCAAGCAGAGGCCGCCCUUGAACAUCAAGUUUAUGAAGACGUCCACAUGGAUUUGGUUAUUGAGAUGUUAACCAAAGCUUUCGAAGCGGAUGAUGGUUUGCGUAAACUAUACUUCCAAAUUCUUAACAGGCUCUACUUACCGGAUGAGACCGAUGAAAAUAAGUUGCGCAAAGUGAAAUAUUUGCUCUCGAGUUAUAAGAUUCAGCAAGACUUCGUUUGA